AUGAACAUCACCGUGGACGACAUGGACACAUCGCUGGAGAACACUUCCAUUGUCCACCUGAGUGCCCCCAUCCUCCCAGACGGGGCAGAUGUCUCCAACAUGACUAUAAUUCGCACGGCCAACGGCACCAUCCUGCAGGAUCAGAUAUUUCUGAACACCAUGGCCGCCCGUGCCCUCUCUGGCAUUUUUGUGUGGUCCGCCUUGCUCAUCACGUGCCACCAGAUCUAUACACACCUCCGCUCCUACACGGUACCCAAUGAGCAGCGCUACAUCAUCCGCAUCCUCCUCAUCGUGCCAAUCUAUGCCUUUGAUUCCUGGCUUAGCCUGUUGUUCAUCAGCAACAACCAGUACUAUGUCUACUUUGACUCUGUUCGAGAUUGUUAUGAAGCUUUCGUCAUUUAUAAUUUCCUGAGUCUGUCCUUUGAAUACCUGGGAGGCGAGAGUGCAAUCAUGUCCGAGAUUCGAGGGAAGCCUAUACAGUCAAGCUGCCUUUAUGGCACCUGUUGUCUGGGUGGAAUGAGCUACUCCAUUGGCUUUUUAAGAUUUUGUAAACAGGCAACUCUUCAGUUCUGCAUCGUCAAACCCAUCAUGGCGGCCAUCACCAUUAUCCUGCAGGCCUACGGCAAAUACCACGAUGGGGAUUUUAAUGUGAACGGGGGCUACUUGUACAUCACCAUCAUCUACAACUUCUCCGUCAGCCUGUCGCUCUACGCCCUCUUCCUCUUCUUCUUUGCCACCAGUGACCUGCUCAGGCCAUACGAGCCCGUGCUCAAAUUCCUCACCAUAAAGUCUGUCAUCUUCUUGUCAUUCUGGCAAGGCAUGGUCCUCGCCAUCCUGGAACGCUGCGGCGUCAUUCCCAAAGCGCUCUUCAUCGAUGGACAAGAAGUCGGCGCUGGCACGGUGGCGGCCGGCUGGCAGAACUUCAUCAUCUGCAUGGAGAUGUUCUUCGCAGCUAUCGUCCUAAGAUAUGCCUUCACGUGCACGGUUUACCAGGAAAAGAAGAACGAUGUGCCACGUAACAUCCCGUCUAUGCAGAGCAUAUCCAGUGGUCUGAAGGAGACCAUCAACCCAGGCGACAUGGUGCAGGAUGCCAUCCACAACUUCUCCCCAGCCUACCAGCAAUACACGCAGCAGUCCACGCAAGAGGUCGUCCCGCCUUGCCCCAACGGGAAAGCCGCCGCCACCACCUCCAACAAGGGUUCUCGUAAGUCAGACAAAGUAAUGCUGAUCAUGUCUGAUGACGAGUUCUAA